CGGCACAGAAGACACACAGAGUGAGAGGGAGGGAUAGAAAGUAGAAGGAGGAGGGAAUAUAAUGUCAACAGCUCCAGUCUCUAAAACACAGGCUCUGACGUUGUAGCCUCGACAGAAAGUGUCAGGCUGAAUCAGGAAUAUCAUUUUGUUUUUUACUUUUGAUAUUCACUAGUUUGCAGAGACGGAUCCGGAUAAAAAGGAGGUAGGAACCGCUCUGCACCAUCACAGGAACUUUUUAAAGGAUCUCGGUUUGCUCAGGGUGUACGUAAACAUGAAAGAUCUUCAGUGGUUGCUUUAUGGAAUGGACCAUGCAGUCUAGAUAGCAGCCUCGGCUUGUUCGGCCCACCCAACACGGAGAGGAUGCCUCCCCGGAAGCGCACGCGGCCCGGCCUGGGCCUUCUGUGCUGCUUCCGUCGCAGCGAGCCCCCCGAGAUUAACCUGAAGGACAGCGUUCCCCUGCAGUUGCUCGAGUUUAGCGCCCCCAUGCCCCCGGAGGAGGAGCUGAAUGCUCGCUUUUCUGAACUGGUGGAUGAACUGGAUCUCACCGACAAGAACAGAGAGGCCAUGUUCGCCCUGCCUGCUGAGAAGAAAUGGCAGAUCUACUGCAGCAAGAAGAAGGAGCAAGAGGAUCCCAACAAACUCGCGACCAGCUGGCCCGACUACUACAUAGACCGCAUCAACUCCAUGGCUGCUAUGCAGACCCUUUUUGCGUUCGACGAGGAGGAGAUGGAGAUAAGGAAUAAAGUGGUUGAAGAUCUGAAAACGGCACUUCGCACUCAGCCCAUGAGGUUUGUGACGCGCUUCAUCGAGCUGGACGGCCUCACGUGUCUGCUGAACUUCCUGAAGAGCAUGGACUUCGAGACGUCGGAGAGCCGCAUCCACACCUCCAUCAUCGGCUGCAUCAAGGCGCUGAUGAACAACUCUCAGGGCCGAGCGCACGUCCUGGCCCACCCGCAGAGCAUCAACACCAUCUCCCAGAGCCUGCGCCAGGACAACAUCAAGACCAAGGUGGCCGUGCUGGAGAUCCUGGGUGCCCUGUGCCUGGUACCUGACGGCCAUAAGAAAGUGCUGCAGGCCAUGGCGCACUACCAGAAGUACGCCGCCGAGAGGACUCGCUUCCAGAGUCUUCUGCACGAGUUGGACAGGAGCACGGGCCGCUACAGGGACGAGGUCAACCUGAAGACCGCCAUCAUGUCCUUCAUUAACGCUGUACUGAACGCGGGACCUGGGGAGGACAACCUCGAGUUCCGUCUUCAUCUAAGGUACGAGUUCUUAAUGUUGGGGAUCCAGCCAGUGAUCGACAAGCUCAGAGGGCACGAGAACGCCACUCUUGACAGACAUUUGGACUUUUUCGAGAUGGUCCGGAACGAAGAUGACAGUGAGCUAGCCAAGCGCUUCGACAUGACGCAUGUGGACACGAAGAGCGCCGGCCAGAUGUUUGAGCUGAUUAAGAAGAAGCUGAGCCACACAGAUGCCUACCCUCAUCUCCUCUCUAUUCUCCAGCACUGCCUGCAGAUGCCAUAUAAGCGUGGAGCAGGCAGUAUACAGCAGUGGCAGCUUCUGGACCGAAUCCUUCAACAGAUCGUCCUGCAGGACGAGAAAGGGGACGACCCGGACGCUUCUCCUUUGGACAACUUCAACGUCAGGAACAUCAUUAGGAUCUACGGAAAGCAGCGCUCAUCCAGGCUCGUCAAUGAGAACGAGGUAAAACAGUGGCGAGACCAGGCCGAGAAAUUCAGGAAAGAUCAUGCAGAGCUCAUGGCCCGACUUGAGAGGAAGGAGCGCGAGUGUGAGAUCAAAACGCAAGAGAAGGAAGACAUGAUGAAGACACUAAACAAGAUGAAAGACAAGCUCCAGAGAGAAGGAAUAGAGCUGCGUUCUGCCAGGGAGCAAGUCUUAGACCUGUCUUCUCGGAUUAGCGAUUUUUCUAACGGGAGCAUGCCGUUCCCUCCACCUCCUGCUCCACCUGGAGGUCCAAUGCCGCCAUCUCCUCCUCCUCCUCCUCCAAUGAUGUCUGGUUUCCCUCCACCUCCUCCACCACUUCCCUUCUGCCCAGCCCCUCCUCCACCACCUCCUCCUCCAGGGGGCCCGCCUCCUCCUCCCGGAGCUCCACCCUUCUUCUCCGGGGCUCCGCUCCCACCGGCGCCCGCCUCCUUCGGCAGCGGCACGAGUCUGCGCAGCAAAAGCAUCCCACAGCCAUCACACCCACUUAAGUCUUUCAACUGGGCCAAACUGGGCGAGAACAAGAUCACUGGUACCAUUUGGCACAACAUCGACGACCUGCGGGCCUUUAAAGUCCUUGACCUGAAAGAUAUCGAGAAGAUGUUUUCGGCUUAUCAGAGGCAACAAGAGCUGCUCACUAACCAAUCCUUCAAGCAGAAGGAGACUGGCUCCAUGGAUGAUUUGUAUUUAAGCUCAAGGAAAGUGAAGGAGCUGUCGGUCAUCGAUGGGCGACGGGCGCAGAACUGCGUUAUCUUACUGUCCAAGUUAAAAAUGAGCAAUGAAGAGAUCAAGAGAGCCAUUCUGGAAAUGGACGAGAGGGAGGAACUGGCUAAAGACAUGUUAGAGCAGCUGUUAAAGUUUAUUCCUGAAAAAAGUGACAUAGACGUUCUGGAGGAACACAAGCACGAGCUGGACCGCAUGGCGCGCGCUGACCGCUUCCUGUAUGACAUGAGCAGGAUUGAUCACUACCAGCAGAGGCUCCAGUCGCUGUUCUUCAAAAAGAAGUUUGCAGAACGACUUGCAGAGAUCAAGCCGAAGGUGGAGGCUAUUGUCUGUGCUUCCCGGGAGGUGAUGAGGAGUAAACGUCUGACUCAGAUUUUGGAGGUGGUCCUGGCCUUUGGGAACUUCCUGAAUAAAGGCCAAAGAGGGAAUGCCUAUGGCUUUAAGGUGUCCAGCCUGAACAAGAUCGUAGACACCAAGUCGAGCAUAGACAGGAACAUCACCAUGUUGCACUACCUGAUCAUGAUCUUUGAGAAGCACUAUUCCGACACCCUGAACGUCCAGCAGGACCUGCUCAGCGUCCCAGAGGCAGCAAAAGUCAAUCUGGCUGAACUGGAGAAGGAGGUCUACAGUAUAAAGAGUGGACUGAAGGCUCUGGAAGCAGAGCUGCAGUAUCAGCAGAGCCGUCCACACGACCGAUGGGAUAAGUUUAUUCCUGUGGUCAGCGACUUCAUCACUGUGGCUAGUUUCAGCUUCUCCGAGCUGGAGGAUCUGCUGAACGAGGCAAAGGAGAAGUUUGCCAAAUCUCUGAAGCACUUUGGAGAGGAACAUGCGCACAUGCAGCCGGACGAGUUCUUCGGGAUCUUCGACACCUUCCUGCAGUCGUUCGGCGAAGCGAAGCAAGACCUGGAGAACAUGCAGCGCCGCAAGGAAGAGGAAGAGAAGCGAGCGCGCAUGGAGGCCAUGCUGAAAGAUCAAAGGGAGCGAGAGAGGAGGGCGAAAAAGAACGCAGGAGGCGGGGUGUCCGAGGAAGUGGGCGAGUUCGAUGACUUGGUGUCAGCCCUUCGCUCAGGAGAAGUGUUCGAUAAGGACCUGUCGAAGCUCAAACGCAACCGCAAGCGCUCCGUCAACCAGCUCGUGGAAAGCGGCGGACGCGAAAGACCCAUCACCAAGGUCAACUAUUGAUAGAGACACCUGGAGGACUUUCUCUUACUGACUUGUAAUACUGUACGUGAAGGAAAAAAAUCCUAACUGCCAUCUGCCUUCCUGUUUCUCCCCCAAACAUCCUAACUUGUGAUGGCUUGCAUCGUAAAAAGGCAGAAAAGAUCCAUGGACGGUUCUCAAACGUGUUGGAAAUUCUUACAGCACUGUGCUCAAUAAACAGGCUUUCUUUCUCUAACCUUGUUCUUAUCCCACAUCCUACACGGUCUUCCUCCUUCCAUAGUCAUCAGUGGUUCGUUUCUCCAAGCGUAACCUCAAAGUGCCAAGCGCCAGGUACUCGAGUGCACAAGCUUGGGUGCAGAUCUUAAGGUUCUCAAUACAGAGAAGACCAAGAUGGCCAGUCAGGACCUGGUACCAUAAACAAAAGAAUUAGUCCUUUUUGGGGAAAAUUUAGACAGAAUCUUGGUUAAAACUGUUAAAAGACACUGCCGUCCACAUUAGGUGCUGAUACCCCAUGUGCCUCUCUCUUCAAAUACAUUACAUAUUUCUCUGGUGCUUUGACUAAGAGGACCAUUGGCGCAUAUGAAAAGUAAAUGCAAGAGAGAGAGAGAACCCAUAUCUACAGCUCUUAACCAAGGUCCAAAAUUUGUUCCCUCCCCCCAUCCCAGAAGACUUCAACCAACAAAAAGACAAGUGAAGAAAAUUGAAGGAGGUGAACCCUUUAACGACAGGAUGGCCAGCUAGGAAAAACAGGACACUGUGGUCUCAGUCGUAUUGGCUGUGAAACCCUUUACCCAAGUGCCUCCCCGUACCGAUGGCAUUCCCAAGGACGAGACGGGAGACGGGUCGGAAAUGCCAAGAAAGCACAGCACUUCUAGGAAAAAAUACCAAGAAGAACCGAAAACAUGCUCUGAAAUAAAUAAGGACGAUGCUGCAGGCACGCCUCAUUGGCAAGUUUAAAAAAAAUAAUAAUAAUAAGGUUGUUCCAAGGAUCGUGGUGGCAUUACCUGGUGCCAAAGCAAAAAUCAGGAAAGUAAAUAUGUAGUAGACAAUAAUAAAUGCAAGUAGAACGACCUUUAUAUAUUUAUUUAUACUAUAAAAAAAAGCACGCUAAUUUCAAAACCU